UGGCAGCGACACGCUCAAAUGAGCAGUCACAGAAGAAAAAAACCUGACAUCCUACCUCCAUUCAUGAAGAUCAGUAUUUAAACCCCUGUUUUCUUUGCGUUUCGUAUUUUUGGGGUGCAGGACGGCUGGCAACAUUAAUUGUUUUAAGGGCAUGAUGCUAAAUCUGUUGCUGAUUUUGUCUGUGGUUUCGCUGGCACACAGUGAUUAUGAUUUCUGUUAUGUUGAAGAGCAUUGUGAUCCAUAUGCAUGGGGUGACAGCUACCCCUCCUGUCAUCCUCUUCUGUACAGCCAUCAUUCUCCGAUCAACCUGAACCAUGAGUUAAUAAGGAACGAUUCUUUAGACUCUCUGCAUCUGGAAGGUUUUAAUUUGACCCAUAAAGGUCAAUGGAAACUGAGAAAUCAGGGUCACUCAGUUGUGCUGGAGGUCGGUAACGGUAUGCAAGUGAGUGGCGCAGGACUUCCUGGAACUUAUCGCACCGUCCAGUUACAUUUUCACUGGGGAAGUGUCUCCUCAAAUGGAUCGGAACACACCUUGGACAACAUGAGGUUUCCUAUGGAGAUGCACAUAGUUAACAUCAAAUCCACACAUCCAAACUUGACAUCUGCACUGGAGGACGCAGCUGGUCUUGCUGUGCUUGGAGUCUUCAUUGAUGUGGCGUUUUUGCACAAUGAAAACUUUCAGCCCAUCUCAAGCGCACUUCCUUCUGUCGCCUACAAAGGACAAGCUAAAUCAAUCAGGCCUUUUCCUCUUAUUGACCUGUUACCUCAGAACAACUUGACGCAGUAUUAUAGAUAUCAUGGCAGUCUCACAACGCCACCAUGUUCACAGGUGGUUUUGUGGACCAUUUAUGAAGUUCCCAUCUAUAUUUCAUGGACUCAGUUUGAACAGUUUGUGAGUGGAAUAUAUUCCACUGAAGAAGAAGCAGAUGAACAGGUUCUCCUGCAUGACAACUACAGACACGUCCACCCAACAUACAGUCGGACCGUGUACGCUUCCAAAGACGCCAAGCUACUCACCAAUGGUGUUUCCUCGCUUGUGAUUUUUCAGCUUUUAAAAAUUGUUCUGUUCAUUGUGUUUUUAAACGUUUAGCAUUUGGACACUGUAGGACCACAACACAUAACAUCUACUUUAAUGAGUCUGGAGUCUGUUCUUGGUUUGGCAUCCAAUUCUGUGGCAAAAACUACUCAGUAUCAUGAUCCAGCCUAAAUGAAACACUGCAGUAGUUAACCAAGGGCAAUUGUUUAGGACAUGAUUUGUGAGAAAAGCUAAUUGUAGUUGAGAGUUAGAUUGCACAACAGCCCCAUUGAUAAUCACAGGGUUUCAUGACUAUUCAUACUAAGCUGUUAAUACUUGAGUGAUUAUCCUUGUAGGGUAUCCCCAUUUACGUAUUACCCUCGUCUUUGUUGAACCAGUUCACCCAAAGCCUUUUCUCUCGUGAAUUCCCCCUUGUCAUAUGUAAAGGCCACUGUUUAAGAGGUAUUUCGAAUGAUCUAGAAGAUAACGUUUCAGCUCAUUGCAUAGGAUUCAGGUUGACUAUUAAGAGUAACCUAUAGCCAUUCUAUAUCAUGUAUGUAAAUACAAACCAAACUUGGAAAAGCCAGUGUUGAUUUUAUCAUUCCAUGGAAAACAAACUUACCUCAGAUGCAAAUUACUUUAUAUACUGAUGUAUAUACAUAGUUAAGAUGGCAAUAGUUUGACUUAAGUGCAAAGUUUUCUUAUA